CUACAGUUAAGGGAAAACGCUACUCCGUACAGACCAUCGGUUUGAAUCUUCCAGCCUCCAAAUCUGUCUCCCACCCUCACCAGAGCGUCUAUUGUUUGUUCUACCUCUCCGAUAUGUCGACUCACACAGCAAAAAGAAGGAGACUGAGCCCCUCACCGGACAACUCCUCGCGCACACAGAUUUCCCAUGGAAAUGGACAGGACGACAAAGAUGUUUUCAAAAACUCCCGGAAAACCAAUUCCUCUACUCCGCGCAUCAUUGAACGAGGAAAUAAUGAUCGUUCCGCUGAACUUGCGCUCGCCAGCGGCUUUUACAAGUCCAGUUUAUUCAAGCUACAGUUGGACGAGCUACUGAACGAAUUGAGGCCGAACUAUGAUAAACAAGUAUCGCGACUUCAAGAGACUCUCCAGAAGCUAAAAACCGUUAUCGAAUCCCUUCCAGAAAGGCCCCCAAGGUCAGCCCUGGAAGCAGAGAAAGAGCUGCGUGGCGCACAUGGUAUUACUGUCCCGUUCCCCGAACCUCGCCCAGGAAAGGAGACAAAGUAUACUGUAUCAUACUCUAGGCCAACAAAUAUCAAUGUGGUGGGAAGCGUAUCUCUAAGGACGGGUGCAAAAAGUGCCAACCCGCUCACUGUGGACUUGGUGGUGACGAUGCCAAAUACCCUUUUCCAGGAGAAGGACUACGUGAACUACCGUUAUUUCCACAAAAGGGCCUAUUACAUCGCGAGGCUCGCGGCUGGAAUCAAUGGGGCGGAAGGAUUGAACUUCAACGUCAAGUUUGGGCUUCAGGAUGGCGACAGCCUUCGUCCUGUUAUUCUACUGGAACCUAAAGGGACCGACAAAAAGGAGACUGCCCCGGCAAAAUUUCAGAUCCGUAUAAUUACAGCCAUUGAAGACACCCUAUUUCCGAUUUCUCGAACCUUGCCAGCUAGAAACAACAUACGUCAGGGCUCAACGGAUACGCCUGCGUCUGAAGAGUCUACUCCGUUUUACAAUGCUUCUCUUCGCUCAGAGGCCACGGUAGCUUUGUAUCACAAAUACCUAUACAACGCUGCUCGGAACUGUGAAUCAUUUAGGGACGCUUGCGUAUUAGGCCGGACGUGGCUUCGACAGCGCGGUUUGGGUUCGUCAUUGUAUUGUGGCGGGUUUGGCGGGUUUGAGUGGACGGUACUCAUGUCUCUUCUCUUUGAAGGAGGAGGCCCGAACGGCAAGCCUGUCCUCCUAAAAUCAUACAGUAGCUACCAGCUGUUCAAGGCGACAUUGCAAUUUCUUGCAGGAAGGGAUUUGACAAACCCAUUGCUGUUUUCGGCUACAGACGUCCUCUUCAACGGCGGGGUUCCAGUCUUGUAUGAUGGCAAAAGAGGGCUGAACGUUCUUUAUAAGGUGGCUCAUUGGUCCUAUGCCUUCCUUCGCCGCGAGGCAAACAUCACCGUCAAAAUGUUAAACGAGUCCCGUGAUGACAACUUUGACAAGGUCUUCAUCGUCAAAGUAAACGAAUCUCUCCUCAAGUUUGACCGGAUCGUCAAACUUCCGUCCCCGGAUAGCGCAAACAUUCUCCAAACCAUCCACAACCAGGCUGCAAUUUAUGAUGUGCUUGCCAAGGCACUUGGGGACCGAGCUGAUCUUAUACAUAUUUACAGGGGUUCUGCCGAGCCCUGGCCGGUGGAGGCAAAGCCGAGCCGAAAGCCGGAAAACAAAGGUGUUUUUGUGGGGCUGCUUCUGAAUACCGAAAAUGCUGCGCGUGCUGUCGAUCAUGGCCCGUCUGCAGAGCAAAAAGAAGCAGCAGUGUCUUUCCGGUCUUUUUGGGGAGAGAAGGCCGAACUCAGGCGCUUCAAAGACGGCAGCAUCCGGGAGAGUCUGGUAUGGACUGAUGAAGAAUCUUCACCAUCUAUAGUUUACCAAAUCUUGGCGUACAUCCUGAGACGUCACUUCAAUUAUACGGAAGACGACGUGGAUUUCAUUGGAGACGAGUACGACCAGAAGCUUCGCGAUGGCGGCGAUGAUGUUUUUUCAUACUCUAGCCCGUCUUUUUCAUUGAUCACUGAUGCUUUCAAUUCCGUACAGAAAUCUAUCCAAGACAUGGAUGGCGUCCCCCUCACAGUCAAGCAGCUAGCACCAGCUAGCCCAAGUUUGCGUUAUACUGCCCUUCGAUUGCAGGGCUCUACCAAAUUACCAUGCAACCCGGCGGACAUUGUUCUUCAGUUUGAGAGUUCGGCCCGGUGGCCGGAUGAUCUGAAGGCUAUUCAGAUGACCAAGGUGGCCUUCCUUGUCAAGAUAGGGGACUGUUUGAAGUCGUCUGGGGUUGCUUCCAUAUGCAGAGUCGGAUUGGAGAAUGAGUCAAGCGGGAUACUCAACAAUGCGUUUCUGGACAUUACCCAUACGUCUGGAAUCGUCUUCCGCCUCAGGAUCCAUCAUGAUCGGGAGCAGUUACUGCUAGAGCGUCAGCUGAAGGAUAAGGGAGCUAGCCCGCUGGCAAAGCAGCAGGUGGCCUACGCCUUAUCUGCGUAUAAGCGGCUAUUUAUCCAAACACCUCGUCUGACGCAGGCAAUUCGUACUCUGUGUACACGCUUCCCGCUGCUCUCACCAACAAUCCGCCUCGCUAAACAUUGGUUCAAUUGCCAUUUGCUCGCAGGACAUGUCAACCAGGAACUGAUCGAACUCCUGGUAGUCCGUGUCUUUACCCAACCCUAUCCAUGGGACCCUCCAUCAAGUGUUAUGGCUGGUUUUUUAAGAACUCUUCACCUUCUUUCUCGAUGGGACUGGCAACAAGAGGCACUAAUGGUCGAUUUCGGGGAACUGGAUAAGAGUGCAAUGGAAGCGAUACAGACACGUUUUUCUGCCUGGAGAAGUAUUGACCCGGCGAUGAACACCGUCGCCUUAUUUGUUGCUUCCGAUAUUGAUCUUGAUGGCGUGACUUGGACUCAGCAUGAAAUGCCUCCAAAAGUCGUGGCUGCUCGAAUGUGCACGUUGGCUACGGCAGCCAUGAAAUUGCUGCGGGAAAAGGGGCACGACCUUGCUAUAUCAGAUCUAUUCCAUACAUCCCUAGCGCCUUAUGAUUUUAUCAUCAACCUUCGCCCGGAACUGCUACAUGAACGCUCGGCGCUGUCAGCAAGGUUUAAGAAUCUCGACGGACGGAGAACCGCGCAGGCUGCUAAACCUGCAAUCGUCAAGUCCUUUGCCCGUGACCUGCAGGCUUGUUAUAGCCCAAACAUGCUUCUGUUCCAUGGUGAUGAAGGCUGCAGUGUUAUUGCCGGAAUUUGGAAUCCGCAGAUCCUCAUACCCAAGAGUUGGACACUGAAGUUGGCAUAUUCAACGUGCCCAGCAGCAUCUAAGGCCGCCGAUGAAGUAACUAUGAACUGCCAGGCCGUUCUGAGUGAAAUUUCUAGGCUAAGUGCUGACUUGGUUGACAGCAUUGAAGUCCACACAAGGGUGGCUUCGGAAGAGUAAAUUCGAGGUUUUUGUUGUCAGGCUUCUUAAAUUGCCUCGUACCAGUUAAUACCUAGAAGCGCCGUGGCAAUGCAAUCGCGAAGGGAGAAGCCAAAAAUGCGUGAGAAAAACAAAUGCUGAAUGACACUCGUACAUAUACUAUUAGCCCCUUCUCACCUCCUUCUAAUCUACGGGCCUGCCAUUGCCUUCUCUGCCUUUUCAAUAGGUGCCU